AUGCGAGCAUCGAAAGUUCAUAUAAAUCAAGACUCUAAUCUUGACCCUAAAUUCUCACUUAUUCACUCAAAAUCCACCCUCAAUCCUUCUGGAGACCUUAAACUUCCUCUCAAGCCGAUCCUUCUAUCACCUGCUCCAAAGCACUCAAAAGAUUAUAUCCCUCAGUGUAAAAUUUUUAAAGGUUUUAAGAUUCAAAGAAAAGUUAAAUGUGUUGUUAACAAAAGUCUUACCAAGAGCCACACCAAAGAAACUCGAAAGACAAUUAGAGACCUUAUUUCAUGAAUAUCUACAGACCACAAGAGAUACAGGAGGAAUUUAAGCCAGACCAAUAAUCCACGACUACAGAACCGGAGAAUAAUUAAGAAAGUGCACAAGCUCAAGAGCUCACAAAGAUUAGCACAUAACAAAAAUAUCAGAAAAGUAGGACAAAAUAAGUUUCAGAUCAGACCUUCGUACGUUUUAGAAGCCGAAAGAUGAACUGAAGAUAAUCGGGAAACUAAUGAUUCUGAUGAAGUAACGAAGAGUAUUAGUCACUUAAAGACCACAAGGGAGCAAAUUGAGAAAGAUUUCGAUCGGUUUGAGAAGGAUAAGCCAUCUGAAAAGAAGCAGAUAAUGAACUUAAGCAAGCUAGUCAAGCUUAACAUUAAUGUUUUCAGAAAAUAGACUGGAGUAUCUUAAUUACAAAGACUUUAUUUCCUCCAAGUCGUCCACAGACCUUUUUGAUAAGAGCUUGAAGAGGCUGAGAAGAGCAGACAAUUAUAGACUCAAUCAUAUGCAUGGGAGUCUUAAAGAAAUCAAAGAACUCAACAAAACGUAUGAAAGACCUGGUACUUUGAAUGGCUGAUACAUGCAAAGAAGCCAAGAUAAAACAUCACAACAUGAAUUGGCCUCUAGCCAUGCUGUGAAAGACAAUCUCAAUUCAACAAGGAAGAUCUCUAAAUUUGAGAAAUUUAGGAAGUCAAACAAUCAUUCUAGCGCCUUAAGUAAGAGAGAUGUCAUCAAGGUUUUUCAGAAGCCUAAAAUAAGGCCUUCUAACUCAAGAUUCCUACUGAAACCGAUAUUCUCCAAAUCAGAGUUGUAACUGACAUAUUCCUGCUAAGGGUUGAGUUAUGCUCUGUUUCCUUUUUUGUUAAAGAAAGGAGCCUAGCUUGUUGGGUGAGGAGAAUCGCCUUCACCCAAACCUCUGGUAUAAUAUAUGCUAUAAAACUUCAUAAACUUGUUUC